CAAAGGUUUCGUUUUAAAAUGCAUAUUGAAAUAGUAAGUUACUUGGUUGGUUACAGUUACACCCAAAAGUCUAAUAUUACACAAAUUACAAUCCAGACAUAGUAAAUAAUACAUUACACAGUCGUUGCUAGCUACCACUCGCACUGCGCCAUUCAGAUAGGUUAAAAACAAAAAACAUUUUAAAGUGGAACCAAACUCUGUGGUUUGUUCAAGCUCUAUAUCUACACCACACGAAGAUCUCACAGUUGACAACAUUAUUUAAUAAAAGCAAUAAACAAAAAUUAUAAUAAUUAUGACAUCCACAACACCAGAUGUCACUAUGAACAUUUCAGAGAGCAGCAAAAUCAACUGAUGUCUUCUUUCCUGAUGCUAAUCUCGCCGAAGACUCAUUUCUGGGUUGUUUUUCUGGGCACGUCGCAAUAUGAUUGGAUAGAAUGACGUUUUUCAAAGCCCAACCUCACUGGAUCUGCUACUACAGGAACUUAAAGGGCAACACAUCCAGAGGAAUACAGAGCCCUUUUUAGCAGUGGAUGUGUGAUUGAAAACUUGCGGGUAAAGAGCAAGGAGAUCACAGCCUGAAUUCGGGAUGGCCGGGUUCCUGGAUAACUUUCGCUGGUCCGAGUGUGAAUGCAUCGACUGGGGAGAGAGGAGGAAUGCUGGUGCUUCCAUAGUGGCUGGAGUCUUGUUCUUCACUGGCUGGUGGAUAAUGAUCGACGCUGCUGUGGUUUACCCGAGCCAGGAGCAGCUGAAUCACGCCUUCCACACCUGUGGUGUCUUUUCCACAAUCGCCUUCUUCAUGAUAAAUGCAGUGUCUAACGGCCAGGUGAGAGGGGACAGUUACGGGGAAGGCUGCUUAGGAAGGAUAGGUGCAAGAAUCUGGCUGUUUGUUGGCUUUAUGAUAAUGUUCGGAUCCCUCAUUGCUUCCAUGUGGAUUCUGUUCGGAGCCUAUGUUGUUCCAAAGAAGGAUGUGUACCCUGGGCUUGCUGUGUUUUUCCAAAAUACGUUAAUAUUUUUUAGUACACUGAUCUACAAGUUUGGAAGAACAGAAGAUCUGUGGGGAUAGCCCCUCCCUAUCUGUCAGCACCAAGAUAUCCUUCCUUCAGUGUUCUCACCAAGAUUCAAAAAAACUCUAGAGUGUAACCAGGUUCAAUAUAAUGACGUACUGAAUUACUCCCAGCAAAAUGCUACCAGGUCCUGCAAUCCCUUGCAGAACUAAUUGAAAGCAAGCCCGUGAGCACGUUUUUCACCAUCCUUAGAGGGCAAUUCAAUGAAAAAAUAAUAACAGCAGUUAGCAUUGCUGUAAGACCUGCUUUAUUUACCCUUUUAUGCACUGAACCACUCCACCGUGGCAUGAUACCGUCUGUUGCAGAGGUGUGUAUGGGGAGUGUGUCUAAUUUUAAGCAUGUUUAUUCUGUCACAUAUACCUGAGUCAGUGAGGAUAUUACUGGAGAGAUUAUUGAUGGUGCCAUUUGAAAGCAACAGAGGCACUCUAUCUGAGAGGGUGGAAUAAAUGUUUUCUUUCUUAUUUAGUGGACGGAGGGGUACGAGAUUAUAGCAAAAUAUAGUAGUGAACAGCAGUAUUGGGACCUCCCUGUGACAGCCCUGUACUGUAGUUUGGAUACAGGUAUUAAAGGUAAUGACCUGUGCUUCACAGCCCUGGUGAGGACACUGAAGAAAGUCAGCUAAUAUUAAUACUGUCAAACUGAGAACAAUAUUAUCUUGUACAGCUCAAUCCCUUAGCCAGUGUUUUAUAUUCUGCCAACAGAUCAUUUUACAGGUUGUAUUUUCUUUUUUUAAGAGGGAACAAAUUGCCAGAUUGUCUUGACUUAUGUAGUGUUGUUUUUGACACUGUAGUUAAAGUUACCACCUCCCUUCAGCUACUGUUUUUUUUAAAGUAUUUUAAAUAUAUGUAUCCUAUCCUUCUUUAUGUUGAAAAGCACCACAAGGAUCGGCUGUAAAUAUGAUGCCAUUAACAAACAAACAAACAAAAAAAACGGGUUUGUGAUGAUUGUGUACAUUAUUAACAAAUAUAUUGUACUCCUGUGUAGAUAAAGAGAAUAAAUAAAAUACAAUAAAGUAAGUUUGUUACGACGCAAGAGGAUUGUAUUGUGAAAGACAAUAUAUAAAUACAAUAAGAUAUUUUGUCCAUGUAGAACUCAUUGCUGGUGAACAGGGAAAGGACUACUGUCUAUAAAAGCUUUUGAAGACAGCCCUACAUAGAACUGUUAUGCAACAUGUAGGUCUCGGUAUCACUUCUGGAGAUUGUGUUUCUUUUUACUAAAUGUGAAUAUUACCAUAUAGAACCUACUUAACAAUGACACAAAGAAUGCCCAGAGUAUGUCAUUGGUAAUACCUGCUAUCUCUGUAAAAGGGGUAUUAAUCAAUUCCAUAAUACAUGUUGGAUCACUAUACAAAGUAGGGAAUUGAUCUUGGUAAGUGAUGUGAAUAUUAAAUAAAUUUACCCCCAUUUUAUUGAUGGAGAAGUUGAUAAUAAGUAAGGGUUGGGGCUUGUAUAAGCAAGCUUCUUGUUACUUUACCUAAAAACACAAUAAAGGGAAUUUUCUCUUAUGGCCAAUUUCAAGAUUUAUGUACAGUACAUGUCUUGUGGUCUCGAGGUGGGUAGGUGAAUCAUCGGAGGGGAAAUGUGCUGUGCAUGAAGUUCUGAUUUUAGUUUAAAGGCUCAAUGACAUCCUUCCAGUGAAAGACAACAGCACAAAUGCUUUUUAAACAGAUGACUUAAACCUCUAUCAAGCAAGAAACCUUUGUUGGUUAUUGUGUUGAAAACAAAGUAAAUGUGUCAAAGGUGGUUUUUACUGUAUGUACAUAUUUAUUCCACAACACAUGGCAUAUGUAUAAAGUAUUAAAUGAUUUAAUAGUAAUGGUUAUACAAAUGUAGCUAUAUACAGAACAUCUUAUAAAUCUUAUAAAAGUAAUACAGUAGAAACUGUCAUAUCCAAUCCUGUAAGAUAUGAUACCCCUAUUAACCAAUGACGGCAUGUGUUAUUUACAAGCGUUUCUACCAACAGAAUGGUACUGAUGGAAACUGAUCAAUGCACUUUUUUUUUUUUUUUAUAGGUCUAAAA